AUGAGCUCUGCCCCAGACGCAGCUCUGGAGCAGCCCGGCCAGCUCCGCCAACGUCAUGCCCCUGCCGACGGUCCUGUGGCGGCAUCCGUCUCCGCCAAGGGCGACGUGAGCAGCGUUGGCUCGGAGCCGUCUGGCGAGGACGUGUUGAAGCCCAAGAAGACGUACGGCCGGACGCCUGACGGCACAGUCUUCACCGUCCCCACAACCCAUGACAUGGUGUCGCAGCUGCUCGAUCCUCGCCAGCCGAAGAACUUGUCCGACGUCGUGGUGCUCGCCAUUCUUGCCCUCCACAUUCUCGCCGCGUAUCUGCUCCCUGCCGGCCUGAAGCGUCCUGUCUGUGCUGCGCUCUUUUUGUUCUGGCGCGCCUCGUACAACAUUGGCAUUGGCAGCUUGUUGACCGUGCAGUCCAAAUACCGGCUGCUGGUGACCUGGGCAAAGCGGUGGAAGCUCUUUGAGAAUCCGGAAACCGGCAAGAACCCGCGUCCAUGGCUCUACCGCCUUCUGAAGUGGGAGCUCGAGGCCAAGAUCCCGGAGGACUACGUCUUUGAGAAGGCGCCCAUCGAGUAUAACACCUGGCUCGUCUUCCGCCGCGUUGUGGACCUCAUCUUGAUGUGUGAUUUUGUGUCGUACUGUCUGUUUGCUAUUGUGUCGAGCCACCGCCCCGAAAGCGAGAGCUUUGUUAUGGCCGUCGCCCGCUGGGCCGUGGGCAUUGCUCUGUUUGGUUUCAACCUCUGGGUAAAACUCGAUGCCCACCGCGUCGUCAAGGAUUUCGCCUGGUACUGGGGCGACUUCUUCUACCUGGUCGACCAGGAGCUCACCUUUGACGGCGUCUUUGAGAUGGCCCCGCAUCCCAUGUACUCGAUUGGUUAUGCCGGCUACUACGGCAUUUCCAUGAUGGCAGCCAGCUACGACGUGCUGUUCAUUUCCAUCGUUGCCCACCUCGCUCAGUUUAUCUUCUUGGCCGUUGUCGAGAACCCGCACAUUGAGAAGACAUACAACCCGCCCACCCCGCGCGCUGCGCGUGCUGAUUCUAGCCUCAGCACAGAUAGUGCCCAUGCCCAGGCGGUGCAGCACCUCAGACAGCUCCAGGACGCCCAGCAGCAGCCCAUUGACUCGACAACGCCGGCUGGCGGCGCCGCGGCAGUCCCCGCAGUCGUUCACGAUCUGUGGGGCAUGGCGAACCUCGACCUGUUUCGCUCGAUCGACUACUCUGUCAUUCUCCUUGGCGGCUACCUCUCCUUCCUGACGAUCGUGACCCCGAACACACCGCUCUGGCAGGGCCUUUCGCUGUUCCACGCCAUCGGUUGGCGCAUUUGGUACAACGUCGGCCUUGGCCUCAUCUUGCGCCGCCAGUCAAGUGCCAAGUGGUUCACCCGUCAUUUCCUCAAGUAUGGUGAGAGCGCCGGCGAGGCCUGGCGGCAGUGGAAGGGCAUGUACCACAUCAGCAUGGCCAUGUGCCAUAUGUCGUUCAUGAUGGCCUGCUGGAAGAUGUACUCGCCCCCCGAGAACUGGAAUUACGGCUGGGCCAUCCUAAAGCACGUGCUGGGCAGCAGCCUUGUGGCUCUGCAGGUGUGGACGGCGUUCAGCAUCUACGACGAGCUCGGCGAGUUUGGCUGGUUCUACGGCGAUUUCUUCUUUGACAGCACCGGCAAGUUGACCUACAAGUCCAUCUACCGGUACCUGAACAACCCGGAGCGCAUCAUCGGCACAGCCGGUCUGUGGGGCGCUGCCCUGAUAACGUGGAGCCGGUCCAUCUUUCUCCUGGCGCUGAUCGGCCACAUUCUGACGCUUGGCUUCCUCGCGUAUGUCGAGAAGCCGCACAUGCAGAAGAUCUACGGCCGCAAGCUGCGCUCCGAGGCUGGUCUGACCAAGUUCAUCCGCAAGUCUCUUCCGCCGCCGGUCAAGGAGUGGCAGGACAGCGUGGACCGCGUCCUCGACGAGACGCGGCACUUUGUCGAGGAGUUUGUGGACGCCGCACGGCCCAAGCUGGCUGCUGGUGUGUCGACCAUUGUGCGUGAUACGUCAGCACUCUUCAACAAGUAUCCUGCGCGUCUUACGAUUACUCGUAUUGUCCCUGGCGUGGCUGGCUUCGACCCCAAAUACUACAGUCUCGAAAUCGAGGGUGAGCAAUUGCCAUCGCCUAUGGUCCAGAGCGGCAGCCGAGAGUCGCACGCUGCUGCCGCUGCCUCUUCUUCUAUGUCUUCCUCUUCGUCUAUUUCUCCGUCUCCCGCGGACAAGACCAAUGCACGCGCAUACAACAACGGUCAGACGAUCGUGCUGCAGUAUGGCGCUCCCAUCCGCGUGCGCUGGACAGCACCAGCCAAUCAUUGCAAGAAGGACUGGGUUGGCCUGUAUAAGGUGGCGGACGGCCGGUCACGGGAGAAGACCGAGGUGCCGUCUCUUGGCCGUUGGGUGCCGACGACGCCGGGCGUGUUCGACACUGCUAUUGACCGGGGCAUUCUGUCGUCGGACGAGCCAGUCAAGGGCGGCAAGGCGUCGCCUGAUGACCCAGACCUGGUGACGGGCGAGAUGGUCUUUGAGGGCGAUCAACUGUGGUGGACCUCGGGCGUGUUCGAGUUCCGGUACCACCACGACGGCAGCCACAACGUCAUGUCGAUUUCACAGCCGUUCGAGGUACGGAUCGCCAAGUUUGACGACGACGAAGAAGGCUCUGUCGACAUGGGCCUCAGCGGCGGCGGUGGUGGCAGCAAGAUCGGUAUCUACGCCAAGGCCGUCGAGGAGGCGUUGCUCCCUGUGGUGCAGAACUGCCUGGACCGCGACCCAGACAUUGCACCGACGACCGCCGAUGACGUGUUUGGCGGGCAUGUGGAGCGGGACUCCAAGUAUGCGCGACGUGUGGUGUACGCGAUCCACCACAUGUUUGGUAUCGAGUUUGCACCGGCUGUGGUGCCCGCUGACGGCACGGUGCGCAAACUGGCGUACCGGAUAUACAGCGCCAAACAAGUUCUUGCACCGUACAGCAUGUCACCGUCGCGGUAA